AUGGUGAACUCAAGCUCCCGUGGGGAAUCCCCGCUCAGAUCGCCUCGCCAUAUCAGUCUCGAUGGGCGAACUCUCGAAGGUGGCGGCCAGUUGGUGCGCAAUGCGCUGGCUCUGUCUGCUCUUACAAGCAAACCUGUGACGAUCGACCAGAUCCGCGGGAAUCGAGGUCGUGGAGGAGGACUGAAAGGCUCACAUGCUGCCGCAGUCAAAUUACUGGCUGAGAUAGGUCGAAGCAAAGUUACGGGAGGAGAGGUGGGCUCGCAAAAAAUUACUUUCGAGCCUGAAGCUCCUGCCAGCGAAGUGGCAUCAUCAAGUACACCUCGAAAGUCAUCCUUGGUUUCAUUGGAAAACCUAUCUGUACAACCUGAAUAUAAAAUCCAGCUAUCGACUCCCGGAUCUGUGUUUCUCAUCUUCCAAGCCCUGUACCCUUAUCUGUUGCACGCAGGAUCACGAGCUGCCACCGAUUACAUCAAAGUGACUAUCACAGGUGGAACCAACGGGACGAGUGCACCAUCCUACGACUAUGCGUCGCAAGUCAUGGCGCCUAACUUUGCACGGCUUGGUCUACCUCCUCUUUCCAUCUCACUUCAUAAACGCGGUUGGACCGUGGGUCCUAUUGAGAUGGGCUCUGUCAAUUUCCUCAUCCACCCUCUGAGUUCAUCGAAGAAUGAACGAGGUAUUCUUGAUACCUGUUUCCCACAGAUAAAUAUUAUGGACUACGAGCGAAGGAAGAUUAUACGCAUCGACGUCACUGUUCUUGCACCAGACACUGUUAUUCUAAAUGAAAAGAGGACCGUCCGAGCCUACAUCGAAGAGGAAACACAUCGGUCUCUGCGAAAGGCAUUUCAAGCCCUGGAUUCAUCAAUUUUUGAAAUCCCGGCCGACGACAAUCUCAACCGAGAGAAGCUUCCAAUCAAAAUUCAUACAUCAGAACGCACAAACCAUGCAAGUCAGAUCUACGUUCUCCUGGUAGCACAUACUUCUACUGGACUCAGGAUUGGGAAGGAUACUCUGAUUUCAAGCGGCAAGUCGCAAGGUCCGCCCAAGAAAAAGCAGAGACAGACCAAGAAUGGACCAAAGCAAAAUGACAAGGGUGGGAAUCGCGCACAGGAUGAGGCCGACAGGUUGACACAUUCCAUCGAUGGAUUGGUUGAAGGAUUCCUCAAAGAGAUUUCCGACCCAGGCCAUGAUAAACUAGACCAAUCUAAAUCGGGAUUCAAGAAGCGGUCCGUCCUUGAUACGCACAUGAGAGAUCAAAUCGUAGUUUUCGAGGCUCUAGGUGAGGUUCAUGGCAAAGGCGACAGAUCUCAAAAGAUUCCGGCGGAGGAAAAUGAAAAAUAUUGGUCAUUACAUACCCGAACGGCGCAGUGGGUUUGCCAGAGGAUGCUUUUUGAGAUACCAGAAGAACAGAGCUAG